AUGGAUUCAUUAACUGAUGAUAUAAAUGAAACAUUAAUAUAUGAAGAUAUUAUAGUAUCUGAUUGUUUUGAUGAUCAAUUAAAUAUUGAAGAAAAUAAUGAUCUUAUUAAAGAUUCUGAAGAUGAUCAAAUAUUUAAUGAAGAAUUAAAUUGUGAAAUUGAACAGAGAAAUAAAACUGCAAAUGAACCUGAAGAAUCUAUUAUAUUGGAUGAUGAAGAACAAGAUGACUAUGAUAGUGGUAUUGAUAAAAGUAUUUCAACAAUUGUUGAAAAGACUUCUAUAAUUAAUCUAAGCCCUACACCAGCUAUUGGACGUGGUCGAAGUGCAAAAAAAGCUGCUAAGGACUAUAAUCAACAAUCAUCAGAACCACGAAUUCUUGAUGUUGAACUAGAUGAUGGUUAUUAUUGCAAACCUGCAAAAAUAGCAAAAUUACCAAAUGAACGUCGUUUGCCUCCUGUAUCAUCUCCUUUAAUCGAUUUUCGAGCAACAUUCGGUCAAAUAUCAUUUAUUAUUGAUAAAGAUGAUUCUAAUGAAAUAGGUUAUCAUCAUGCAUGUAAACGUUUUCAACAAAUACAACCUGAUAUAGAUAUCAAUUCAUCAAAAUCUAUUUAUGACAUAUGGAGUUUUGGUUUAUAUAAUUAUCCAAUAGAAUUACAAAAAUCUGUUUCAUGUAGUCUUCUGGAUCUUUUUCCUGAAGAAAUUAAUAAUGAAGAAAAUCGACCAUUUUGGUUUAUGUUUAAAAGUAUACCGAAUUUUCACGAUUCAAUACUUCGUGAUAAAAUUUCAAAAAAAGAUGAUUCGAAGAAAGGAAUUUCAAUUGUAUUCGAUCGUGCAAUAUAUGCUGAUUUAUGUUACGGAGCAUUAACAACAAUGAAUCGUUUUUGUUUUAAUAAAGAAUAUUUAUUUCGUAAAAAGUCUCGAUGGGUAUUUUGUUUUCGUGAUGAUGCUUUUGAAAUUCACACAAAUGAAUCUACACAAUCAAUUCAACGAAAAUAUAAAAUACCACUUGAUAUUGUUGAUCGUGCAGCUAUUUUUCAUUUACGAAAUGAUGGAUUUGAUUUGAUAGUAAAUAUGAAAGGAAAUGUUCAUGAAUUCUGUCGAGGAAUAACACUUAAAACUAUUGAAAAAACGGAUUUUGGUAAAUUUAUACGUCAAGGAAAAUAUGAUAGAGAACUCAUGCCUUUAUUCUCAACAAUUCGCAUACGUAUAAGACUUAAAGAUGAUCAAUCAAUAAUUGACUAUCUUGAACGUCAAAAUGAAAUAUUAAAAACUACUCCGUUAGAUGAAAAAAAUUAUCUUGUACAAACAGUUCGUGAUAUAUCAUUAAAAACAAUACGAGAAACAUUUAGAACUUUUUUUGAUUUUUUUAAUAACAAUCGUAUACAUGUUUGUUUUGGUCCAAUAAAAUCACGAAAAGUAUCAUUAGAACAAUUAAGUUCACUUAAUGGUCACAGAUUUUCAACAUUUAUUCAAUCAUAUUCAUGGGCUAUGUUACGUAAUAUUGGUUUUCGUGUACAAAUUCAAUUAAAUUCAGCAAAAGAUUUUGUAAAUCAUUUACAAGAAUAUUCUGGUUUAAAAAAUAAUGAAACAAAUUCUUCGGAGAUAGAUGAUCGUUUUUAUCGUUUAUGUUUAUAUUUACAUCGUCGAUCAUCAGAAUAUUUUUUUCUUGACUUAGAUAAAGAAAUUGAAAUAGGUAUUAAUGAAUAUAAUGAUAAAUAUGAACGAUUAAAAAAAAAAAAAAUUGAAAUACCUAAAUUUAAUCAAUUAACAACAUCAACAGCUUAUGUUCCAUCAGUUGUUAUAACACCAACAACAAUAAAAAUUCGUCCAUUAAAAUUAUGUAAAUUAAAUCGUGUUCUUCGUGAACAACGAUUUGGUGGUUGUUUAAAUUUUGCUCUUGUUGAAUUACGUGAUGAAGCUCAGCAUUCACUUUAUUCUACUCAAUUUUGUUCAUUAAAAAGUCAAAUAUUAGAUUAUUUAAAAAAUGGAUUUCAACUAACACCAGAACGAAGAUAUAAAUAUUUACAUCAUUCUCAAAGUCAAGUAAAAUGUAAACAAUUUUGGUUUUAUUAUCAUGAUAUAGAAAAUAAAUGUCUUUCACAUGAAGAUGCUUAUAUUUGGAUGGGAAAUUUUGAUAAAGAACGUGUUGUAGCUAAACAUGCGGCACGUAUUGCACUUUGUUUUACAAGUACAGAUGCAACAAUUCAGAUUACUGCAGAUAAUGUCACUUAUCAACGUGAUAUAAAAGAUGCAACAAAGACGUAUACAUUUACUGAUGGUGUUGGAACAAUUUCAACACAACUUCGUAAUAAAGUAAAACAAUUCUUGAAGAGCCAUUAUGAUUUUAGUGUUUUACAAAUUCGUUAUGGUGGUUGUAAAGGUACAUUGUCAGUUGAUCCAAGACUUGAUAAUCAACAAUAUCAAUUAAAAAUUCGAGAUUCAAUGAAUAAAUUUACUACUGAUCAUGAUAUACUUGAAUUAUGCAAAUUAUCAGCACCACAUACAGAUACAGCUAUGAUCCAUGUAGCUGUUGAUGCCAAUGAUAAAAAUUUUGUUGGUCAACCAUGUUGUGAUCAACUUUUGAAUAGUAUUUGGCAUGAUAAAAUAGAACCGGUUCAAUUCACAUUAAUUCAACGCAUUGGAUUAUUAUUAAGUCUUUGUACAUUUGGUUUAUUAGCACCAUUGUUUGUUUCAUUCCGUAAAAGCAAAUCAGCGCCUAUUUAUUUUGAUAAUGAUCGAAAAAGAAGUAAUAAAAGGAGUGUUAACGAAACAGAGCAAGAAACAAAACCAUUAUUAUCAAAAAUAAAAGAAAGAUUAAAAGAUCAUGGUAUAAAUUAUUCUGAAAUUUAUGCAUGGCGAUCAGAUAGUUAUUCACGAAGAUGUUUAAAUUAUUUUCGUCAUUUAAAACAAUUUCAUGAAUCACCAUUUAUUAAGUUUUUGUAUAAUUCUGCUAGUUAUAUAUUUUUACUCUUACUCUUUUCUUAUUAUUUAUUAUUCGAUUUUAAAAUUCCAACAAAUGAAAAUUCAAGUAUACGUUGGACAGAAAUUUUAGUUAUUAUUAUUGUAACAACAAUGCUUUUGGAAGAUAUUCGACAUUUCAUUUGGCAAGAUAGUCGAUCGAUAAUUGGAAAAUUUUCCAAUUAUUUUAUAAAAAAUCUAUUUGCUAGUUUACUUCGUUUUGCAUCAUAUAUACUUUUUUAUAUUGGUCUUAUUCUUCUUUUUACAUAUGCAUCUACUAAUGAAGAAUUAUCAGUUGCUAAAAUAAUUCUUGCUUAUGAUCUUGAAAUUUGGUAUAUUCGAUCAUUAGCUUUUCUUGGUGUUGUACGAAAAAUGGGACCAAAACUUGUUAUGAUACGAAAAAUGCUCGUCGAUUUAAUUUUUUUUACAUAUAUUAUUUUAAUUGCAAUGAUUGCAUAUGGUGUUACUUCUCGAGCUAUGUAUAAAUACAACGAAGAUAUAGAUAAUGAUACUUUAACAUUUGAUGGUCGUUCAGUUUUUCGACAUAUUCUUUAUCCGAGUUAUUAUCUUAUGUAUGGAUCAACAGACAAGGAAUUAGAAGCACUUGACCGGAAUCGAAAUCUUAGUACAUCUAUCGCUACUCAAAUUUUAUUAGCUUUUCAUAUGUUAUUUGUUAAUAUUCUUCUUAUUAAUCUUCUUAUUGCUAUGUUUAGUUAUACAUUUGAAUCCGUUCAAAGUCAAACUGAUCGUGUUUGGCAUUAUGAACGAUAUUCAUUUAUUCGUGAAUAUUUUGAUCGACCACCACUUUUUCCUCCAUUUAUUAUCCUAACUCAUUUGAUUGAACUUAUUAAAUUAUUGAUACGACAUUGCUCAAAAAGGAGAAGGUCAAAUAUGAAAAAAAGACGAGCAAAAAUAUUUAAAAUGAUUGCUGCUAAUAGUGAAAUAGAUAAAGAUUGGUCUGAAUUUGAAAGUUAUGCAACAAAUCUUUAUGCUCGAAGAAUGGUUUCUGGUCAACCAUCAUCAUCAACUACUCUUGUACCAUCAAGAGUAGUACGUCAAGAAGUUCCAGCAACAACAUUAGAUACAAUUAAUAUUUCACAAUCACCAUCAAAUAUAGAUUUUAAAGCAAUUACUGAGGAAAUGGUAUCGAUUAAAAGAGCUGUUGGAGAUCUUCGUACAUAUACUGAAGAAAUGAAUAGAUGUAUGCAAUGGAUGAUGAAUGCUAUGGAACGUGUUAAAAUGUCUAAAGAACCGAAACCAAAACUAAGAUCAGCAGUAACAACGAAUGGUAAGAGUAUUUAA